AUGAGCCGGCAUUUAGCGAAGUUAAAACGUGAAUUUGCAGAUGGUAUCGGCCCGUACGAUGUUUUCUCGGAAAUUAUUGCUAACUCGCAGCACGGUCGCAGUAAUUCAGGCCUAUUCGGCAUUAGGCAUUCGCCGACCCGACAACUACAUCGUUUCGGUGAACCGUCCUCCUCACGUCCACUCGAUCUAGCCGAACAUCUUUCACAGGACAUGCAGAACAUUGGUGAUGGACCUCUGCCCACUAUUCAGAAUGAUGUGCAUUUUCACAGGAAUUCGGAACGGAGAAAUAGCAUGGCAAGAAAUGCGGAUGCAAGCAUUCCAUCGAUAAGUACGGCUAAUACGCCAUCGACGAACAUUCCACCGACAAUUUUGACGAACAUUCCAUCGUUAAAUACCGAAAUUGAUAAGAGCAAAAUCACGAUGAAGGAUCUGUUUGGCGAAGAAAAGCGAGCAGACGAUAUGCAACAAGUGAAUAAUAUGAUCGGCGAGGUUGGCGGAAUUACGCCUCUUCUAACACCGCCCAGGCAGCCGCCGAAUAGUGACUCCCCAUCACUGCCAGUUCUGUUGGAUCUCGGCGCACUAGAUGCGCCUCAUUUGGAACGAUUAAGGAAGAAGUACCGCUAUGCAGUAAGUUUCAAAUUGGUAGCCUAA